GUUCGGCUACUGACAUUCACUGACGUUGUUGAAAUCUACAAUCCAACUCGUGCAAAGGACAUUUCCUUCCGUCAGACGUUUGACAAAAAUAUUUUUAUCGUCCCAUGGGAAAAUAUUGCAGUUUGUUUCGUAAUACAGUGUCUCAAUUGCGUGUAUCUCGCGGCGCAGUAAACUCGGUCUUUAGUUAACUAAAUUGUUCGCUUGUUUAUUUGUAAAGACGCAUUAACAAUGUCUGUAGAGGAGAAAUCUGGUUCCGAUGCGCGUAGUGGUAGUGCGAACUCGUUGGUUGUACACGGGGAUGAUGAGAACGCGAAGACUUGUUGGGUGUGCUUUGCGACAGAGGCGGACGAUCGGCUGGCGGCGUGGGUGCAACCUUGCAAGUGCAAAGGAACCACGAAAUGGGUCCAUCAGAGCUGCCUCCAGCGGUGGGUUGACGAGAAACAGCGCGGCAACAUUACCAGAAAAGUCCUCUGUCCUCAGUGCAAAGCAGAGUACAUCGUAGUUUUCCCUUCAAUGGGGGCGUUUGUGGCACUAUUAGACGCUAUGGAGGAGAUCACACACAAGAUCUGUCCUUUCAUAGCGGGAGGAGUGUUGCUUGGAUCGAUAUAUUGGAUCGCUAUCACUUAUGGAGCCGUCACUGUAAUGCAGGUGGUCGGCCACCGCGAGGGUCUGGAGAUGAUGGAGUCCGCCGACCCCCUAGUUCUGCUGGUGCUGCUGCCGACAAUACCCGUGACGCUCAUCAGCGCCAAGAUGUACAACUGGGAGGACUCCGUCCUGUUGUUCUUGAGGAAGUACUGCGCGAAGAUACCGGCUCUGUCUUACAUACUACCGUUUGGAAACGUGGAAGGCGAUCGAGGCGCCAUCGUCUCCGGGCCGUCAAAUCCCGCCAACGCAAACUCCGGCUCCCAUCUCUCGCCCACAAGAAUAUUCUGCUCUGCGCUACUCCUGCCCACCAUCUCCACAAUCAUAGGCAAAAUCUUCUUCCGCUCCAUACAAAACAACCUCCACAGAACUAUACUAGGAGGCCUCACCUACAUAACUAUCAAAGGAGCGCUCAAAAUCUACCACAAACAAAUGCUAUACAUCAGGCAUUCGAGCAGGAAAAUUCUAGAUUAUACCGAAACGAAUUUAAAGCUGUACAGAACACUUACAGCGGCGCCUAGUGGAGACACGGUCGCCAGUUCAAGAGACGAAUCGGAGCAGGUUGUAUAAACAUUACUUUGUACGUGAUGAGUUGAUGACGUAUCUAAGGUACAAGAAUAUUGUAUCAGUUUUGAAAUCGAUAUCUGUUUUAUAUGGUUUUAGAUCUCGUUACGGGUGACCGUAUUUGUAAGUGCGUAGACUAUUCGUAUAGCGGACGUAAUCUUAGUAUAAUCGUAAUUGAAAAGUUAUGUUCUGUUGAAGUAGACUAUUAAACGUCCUUAUAGAAUGUAGCAAAUGUAGUGUAUGAGUGACAGGUCCUUUUCAUACUAAACUAUUUAGACAGAGAUGGUGAUCUAUGAUAAACUAGUUAUGCGCUAGGUUUCCAAUUGAUAAUUCUAAGACUAGAUUAUCAGAAGUGUCUUGAACACAUAAUAUUUUUUUCUUUGUUUCUUAAACUUAAAUUCUUGUAUCGAAUUGAAAUGUCUUUAACACGAAGGGUUAGUAACUUAACUAACCAAUGGACUGACUUUAAGUUUGUGACAAUGAACUCAUAAUAACUAACGUGUUUGUUAUUAUCAUUUAGACGGCUAUGGAUUUUUUUAUUGUAAUUUUCUCAAAAUGGAUUUAACCCAAAAUAAUAAGAGGUUAUUGAGAAUAAUAGUUUAGUUUAGAAAAGUGAUGAUCAUAAAUGAUUAAUUGUCGGUGCAUAUAAAUUUGAGAGUAAGUGUCUGAAUAACGUGGCAUUUUAUAAAUUGUUUAGGUUAGUACCUACGCACAUAUUAAAGUCUACAUAAUAAAUGGAAUGGUAGAAAAUUGCCAGUUGCUUUUAAUAUGUGGAUGUUGAUUUUGUGCCUUUUGACUCAAGAUUACGUUGAUAUGCCAAACUUUCGAUAGGUACAUAUAUGAUUUCGUAUUCUUUGUAUUUUUCAUAAUUUCAAACCAUAGUUAACCUUAUUACAAUGCGAUAAGGUAUAUUAAAUAUGCGUAUCCUCGUUCGUCGUAGUAAAAAAAUCGUGAAAAGCUGUGAAUGUUGCCGUAUUUUAUCGUACGCCGGCAUUUAUUUGUGGCAGCACAUAACAUACGAUGUAAAAUAAUUCUUAAUGCUUUAUAAUAAAGUUCAGAUUAACUUCACGAGAAAAACGAUCACUACGCAUCAAAUUUAAGGAAUUAAAUACAGAUAAAAUAUAUGGUCUUAAUUCCGUGUAUAAAAUGUAUGAACUUUCUUAUUUACGGCUACGAGUCUCUAGAUUUAACACAGUAAACCAAACAAUAUAGAUAUAAUUUAAAUAAAUUGAUACAGGUUAAAUGUUCCGGUAAAGGUGCAUCCACAACACAGU